AUGGAUUAUACCCUGGAGCCAAAUGUGUCCAUGACCACAGAAGACUAUUAUCCAGACAUACUGGCCAGCCCCUGCCACACUGCCUUCACCCAGAAGUCCAGCUCUCUGCUUCUUGCCCUGCUCUACUGCCUCCUCUUUGUCUUUGGUCUGCUGGGGAAUGUCCUGGUCAUUCUGGUUCUGGUAGCCUGUAAGAAGCUGAGAAGCAUGACUGAUGUGUACCUGCUGAACCUGGCCAUCUCUGACCUGCUCUUCGUGUUCUCCUUCCCCUUCCUGACACACUACACUCUGGACCAGUGGGUCUUUGGGAACACCAUGUGCAAGGUCAUCUCGGGGAUCUAUUACAUCGGCUUCUUCAGCAGCAUCUUUUUCAUCACUAUCAUGAGCAUGGACCGGUACCUGGCCAUUGUCCAUGCAGUCUAUGCCUUGAAGGUGAGGACCACCAGGAAGGGCAUGGCUGUCAGCCUGCUGGUGUGGUUGGUGGCCAUUCUGGCCUCUGUGCCUUUGCUGGUGUUUUACCAGGUAUCUUCUGAAGAGGGCACCCUCAAGUGCUACUCCUUCUUCGAUGACAGAACGAUUGAGUGGAAACUCAUCACCCACUUCGAAAUCAACAUCCUGGGCCUCGUCGUCCCACUCAGCAUCCUUGUUUACUGUUAUGCCAACAUUCUGAGGCACCUGAGGGAGUGUCAGAACCGCCAAAAGAUCAAGGCCAUCAGGCUGGUCCUCAUUGUCGUGGUGGCAUUUUUCCUCUUCUGGGUUCCCUUUAACAUGAUGCUCUUCCUGAAUUCCCUGCACAACCUGCACAUCCUGGAUGGGUGUGACCUGAGUCAGAAACUCACCCAGGCCACCCAAAUAACUGAGGUCAUAUCCUUCACCCACUGCUGUGUCAACCCUAUCAUUUAUGCUUUUGUGGGCGAAAAGUUCAAGAACCACCUCUCUGACAUCUUUUGGAAAUACAAACGUUACUUCUGGGUAUGCAGAGAAAGCUAUUACUCUCAGGACAUGGACAGAUCAUCUGUAAAUCAACCCCACUCGCGUUCCUCUACCACAGACUAUAUUUUGUGA